UUUUCAGUUGUUUGACUGUAGCUCUCACUAGCGCUGCCAGUGGACAAUUCCAAACUACACACCCUCCUCAACCGAGACUCGCACAUUCCCGUUUCAUAGUUCCACUGUCUGUAAAAUAGAUAGCCGGACGAAGUCUCGGAGCUUGCAAAUCAUAGAAACCUAUCGUCAAAUAAUACCGAUAUUUAACACGGUAAUCAAAAACACAAUAUGGAGUCACCUCCUGAUCCAGCCAGCGACCCGGGCAACAGCGCCUCGGAGCCGGCUACCCCGGUCAGGGACACCCCGGUAAACCUGGAGACUCUCCGAAAAGCUGACCACCAAGCUCCCGUUCGAAGGCAGAGCUGUUCCAGCACUAACAGAGGUAUUUCAGUAACAAAGAAGACACACACUUCUCAAAUCGAAAUAAUUCCUUGCAAGAUCUGUGGCGAUAAAUCAUCAGGAAUCCACUACGGCGUCAUUACGUGCGAAGGAUGCAAGGGCUUCUUCAGGAGGAGCCAGCAGAGCAACGCGGCGUACUCCUGUCCCCGGCAGAAGAACUGCCUGAUCGACCGCACCAGCCGCAACCGCUGCCAGCACUGCCGGCUGCAGAAGUGCCUGGCCGUGGGCAUGUCCCGGGACGCGGUGAAGUUCGGGCGCAUGUCUAAGAAGCAGCGGGACAGCCUGUACGCGGAGGUGCAGAAGCACCGUCUGCAGCAGCAGCAGCGCGACCACCAGCAGCAGCCGGGCGAGGCCGAGCCGCUCACGCCCACCUACGGCCUGGCUGCCAACGGCCUGACCGAGCUGCACGAGGACCUCAGCGGCUACAUGGAGGGCCACACGCCCGACGGCAGCAAGGCCGACUCCGCCGUCAGCAGCUUCUACCUGGACAUCCAGCCCUCCCCGGACCAGUCCGGCCUGGACAUCAACGGCAUCAAGCCGGAGCCCAUCUGCGACUUCCCCCCGGGGUCCGGCUUCUACCCCUACUGCUCCUUCAGCAAUGGGGACACCUCCCCCACCGUGUCCAUGGCUGAGCUAGAACACCUGGCCCAGAACAUCUCCAAGUCCCACGUGGAGACGUGUCAGUACCUUAGAGAGGAACUGCAACAGAUGACCUGGCAGGCCUUCCUGCAGGAGGAGGUGGAGAACUACCAGAACAAGCCCCGAGAGGUCAUGUGGCAGCUUUGCGCCAUCAAAAUAACCGAGGCCAUUCAGUACGUGGUGGAGUUCGCCAAGCGCAUCGACGGCUUCAUGGAGCUGUGUCAGAACGACCAGAUCGUGCUCCUGAAAGCAGGCUCUCUGGAGGUUGUGUUUGUGAGAAUGUGUCGUGCCUACGACUCUCAGAACAACACAGUCUACUUCGAUGGGAAGUACGCAGGGCCCGAUGUCUUCAAGUCCUUAGGCUGUGAUGACUUAAUCAGCUCCGUCUUUGAGUUUGGAAAGAACCUGUGUUCUAUGCACCUGUCAGAGGACGAGAUUGCCCUGUUCUCCGCGUUCGUGCUGAUGUCCGCAGAUCGUUCCUGGCUCCAGGAGAAGGUGAAGGUGGAGAAGCUGCAGCAGAAGAUCCAGCUGGCCCUUCAGCACGUCCUCCAGAAGAACCACAGGGAGGACGGGAUCCUGACGAAGUUGAUAUGCAAAGUGUCCACACUGCGGGCCUUGUGCAGCAGGCACACAGAGAAGCUGACGGCCUUCAAAGCAAUAUACCCGGACAUUGUGCGCGCCCACUUCCCGCCCCUCUACAAGGAGCUUUUCGGCUCGGACUUUGAGCAGGCGAUGCCUGUGGAAGGGUAACGGGCUGGCGACAGUGCGUGGAGAAAGCAGAGCAGAAUCAAUCUGAGACACUUUACUGGUGCCCUGCCCAGACCAGGACAGCCAACACGCUGCACA